UAUCAUUUUGCUUGCCAUAAUUUCAAUCAUUUUCUUAUCCUACCAUAUUGUCCCUUUAAGAAACAGUACCUAAUUCACUGUCAACUCCAAAGUCAAAAAGAACUCAGCAUCUUCUUCUGCGUAGCGAAUUGUGUUCACCGGAGACAGAAGAAUGAAGGAAGUGGGCGUGGUUGCCGUGAUGUUGACGGCAGAGUUGUUGGACGUGAUCGUCAACACUGUAAGCAAAGCAGCCAUGAAGAAGGGCAUGAAUGACUUUGUGUUCGUCAUGUACUCCAAUGCCUUCGCUGCAUGCUUCCUCUUUCUCAUAACCUUAAUCUUUUAUAGGAAAAGAACACUUCCUCCACUCUCCUACAACAUCGUUGGUCUGUUUUUUGUUGUAGGAUUGAUCAGUUGCAGUAAUCAGAUGUUCAAGUUUUUUGGCAUAGGUUACAGCUCUCCUACUUUGGCCUCAGCUCUCUCUGAUUUGAUCCCCGCUUUUACCUUCAUACUUGCCAUCAUCUUCAGGAUGGAAAAAUUUGUCUGGAAAGCUAACAGCACCGUGGCCAAGUCUAUUGGCACAUUUGUAUCAAUCUCUGGGGCCUUGAUAAUGUCUCUUUACAAAGGGCAGGCAGUGAUAAAUAGUGGUCCCUCUCUUAAAUUGUUACCUAAAAAACUUGCUUCGUCUAUGGAAUUUGACUGGGUAUUUGGGGCAGCGUUGCUUGCGGCUCAUAGCUGUUUUCUUUCAAUAAACUAUAUACUUCUGACACGGAUAGUUAGAGAAUACCCUGCAGAGCUGGUUGUGGUACUUACUCGCAUUGCAUUAGUCUCUAUACUGUCUGUUCCUGCUGCGGUGAUUUCAGUAAAGGAUCUAAAAGAUUUGAGAUUGGGAUUUAAUAUGGAGUUGAUAGCUAUUGGAUGUUCAGCAAUUUUCGUGUUAUCCUUUCGAGGUGUUAUCCAUACAUGGGCCAUGGGGAAGAGGGGUCCUGUCUAUGUCGCAAUGUUUAAGCCACUUGAAAUAGUCUUUGCAGUCAUCUUGGGGAUUACUUUUCUUGGGGACAAUCUCUAUGUUGGAAGUGUGAUUGGAGCUGCAAUAGUUGUUAUUGGUUUUUAUGCUGUCAUUUGGGGGAAAAGUCAAGAAAAGGUUGAAGAAGAGGGUGCAGUCUACAGCUCUGAAUCAUACUCUACUGAGGCCCCUCUUUUGCAGAACCAGAGAAUAGGGGAAUAAAAUUUUCAGGAUAUUAUAUAUACUGUCUGCCACUGUACCAAAAAAAACAAAAAAACAGUCUUCUUGUAAGCAAAGAAGGAUGGCACCACAAGUUUCAAUAUUCUUUUUCCUCUGAAUUUGUUCCCUGCAAGAGCUAGAUAUUAGUCACUGGUAACAUGAAUAACUUGUUGCCACUUAUUGUCUACAUCCACAUGUAGAGAAAGGUCAUAGAAUGGAUUACAAUUUUCAGCCAAGGCUUAGUUGAAUGCACACAAAUAUCAAUCAGUUUGACUUUUCUUCUUUA